CUUGUCAUACAGACUACAGUCAUAGCCUUCUGAAAAGUAUUAAGUAGCACACGCAAGUAAAAAGACUAUAAGAGACGUAAGCAUUGUAAUAGUAUACCCCCUGCGUAUUAAUGUAUGUAACACAACACCAAUCAAGAUACUCUCGCAGUCUGUAUUGUAUGCCGGGGAAAUUUAUCACUUUAGACCGGUUCACAUUACUAUUUUACGGGAAUAGUCAAAUACACACACACCAUACGUAAGCGUUGCGUGGAUAUUCUUUACAAAUACUAUAGCGUCGAGCAUUUAGAAUGGAUCCUUCACGUCACACGGCCGCGGAAGUUAACUUCGUAGCCGAAAAUGCCAUACUAGAUAUAAUUCCGAGUUUCAAAUUGGAAGGUCUUCACUUGAUCACAAAGUCAUACGGUCCAUUCCAGCCGCAAAGAACAACUCAAGUGCCACUAUGGUUGGCUCUUGAGCUCAAGAGCAGUAAACGUUGUCAAAUCGUCUGCCCUAGUUGGAUGACUGUUGAGAAUUUGAAGCUUGCCAGUCAACGGGAAUUAGAAAACGAAACUAGUUGGGAGAAAAUGCAUCCUGCCUACUUGGAAGUGAGUAUGGCACUACUGUGCAAUGCUGCCGAUGAUAUACAAAGCCCGAGCGAGGUGCGCCUGUUACUCAACACAAUUUGGGACGCUAGAUUUGCGAAGAUCAAGAAGCAGUUACAUCACUUGGAGGCGGAUUCAAUCAUGGUGCGGUUGACAAACCUCACAAUGAUGGAGAUAAACCGAACACGUCAGUUUGUGACCGAAGCGAUGUUUGAGUUUCAAGAGCUGGACGACUGUGACAAUCAGGAAAGGUAGCAUGCUACCCGCUUCCCUGAUUUUGACAGUAACAUAAUUCUAUCACGGGCAACGACCAUGAGUGCGAUCUCCGGGGUCGGUGUAUGGCUCGAGCGCUUCGUCCAAGACCUAGCGGAUAGUGCGGUCCGCUAUCCGUGAUGUGUCUUCACUGUUGUGAUUUACGAUAGAGGAAUGAGGGAUGAAGGCAUCGACAAAUAGCCUCGAAAACUAUCUCAGCUUCACAGGAUGGAGCAGGUCUUGAGCCAUGAAUGAGGUACUCGACCAGUUUGCGGCAUGAGUGCGCAGAAUGGACCGCUGUGGACGUAAGUUGCUGAUUGGAUAGUUAUGACUCCAAAUAGACAGAUGUCGUGGAGGGCUAGUGUGGCAGAAUUUUGUAGAUAUGGCAGCUAUCUGGCGAUUUGUAGUGACUGGUCGUUGUGGAGUUGACCAGUUGACUCGAGUACCGUAAUUGUACGAUACUGUGUUCAUCCCACUUCUCGGUUAAGCAAUAUAUGCAAAAUGAUUCGGAGAGUGCGUGUGAUAUCAUAACAAAAGAACGCAGUGACACGUACUCCCGAACACUGACACCAUGGUAGGUACACCGAAUACACUGUAUUCAAUUCGUCUGUGGACGUGAAUGGGUCACGCGGUGAUGACAGUAAUAUAAUAUAAUUCUUACCGUUUCAAUUGAGAAUGAAUAUCGAUGUAAGUCGCUGGUAUGGCUGUAUAAUCUAAAUUAGAGUGUGCGCUACUUUUGGGGACUCUGGUGUGACUCUGACAGCUUAAUAAAACUCUCGAGCUUUUUUCACUCCGAUUAAAAAUGCGGAUGCCACCGGGUAGCCAACAAC